AGCUUAGACAGGAAGGAGCUGCAUGAAACAGUUACUGAAGCGGCAGAGCAAACGAAAGAUGACUAAAGCUGCUGUGUUUUUCUGUGACUCGUUUUAUUUGCUCACAAGUGCUCCACAGGAUUUAACUCCUCAAAGAUUCCUCUGAUUCAUACUUGGAAAUAUACACCUGCACCUGCUUUCGUGGGGACUAUGGAGGCACCAGAUGAAACAUCUGUGUGGGCAGCAUUUAACAUCCUUUAAUACCUGCAGACAACUCUAACAAGCCCCUGCAAAGUCUGAAAGCAGAACUUACGAGACUUUCUGAUGGAGAGGAGAGAACUUUACGAUUCUUACCUGGACCGAAGCAAACGCAUAAUGUGGCAGGACGACUGCUACGUGGAUCUUCAAUCUACGUCUUCCUCUGUGUCAUUACAAACUGAAACUAAAGAUCUUUGCUGGAUCCAAAAUCAUCAAGACCAGCUGCAGCGCUUCAUUACCACCUCCUUCCUGGAUGGGAUGUUAACCCAUCUAAGAAAUGUUGAAGUGCUGACUUCAGCUGAGGAGAUGAAGGUCAGAGAAACAGGCUUGCUGCAAGACCAGGUCAACAUGCUUACAACUAUCAUCACUGGAAAAGACAGUCAAGGGUCUGAUGCUUUUAGAGGAUUCAUUGAGAGCUCAGAUUCUCAGGUGGCCCAGCUCAUCAUAAACCAUGAUUCCAUGGUGAUGGAGCACAAAGAAGUGCUGUUAAGAAGAAAUGAACAGUACAGAGACAGAGAUUCUCUUAGCUGCCCCAAACUAAGCAUCUCAUCGAGAACCUUACUUCUGGUCGAUGGACUUUCAGACCUCCAGCAAAAGGAACAUGACUUAAUGCAGGUUGGGGUGACUCGAGGAAGGAAGAGGAAUCACCUCAGACAGCUGGGGCUUGCCAAACUUUUCGAGCCCCUGACCCGUGUUAGUUUACCUCCCAGGGUCUCUGUUACGGUCGGUGUGGCUGGAAUCGGAAAGACCACGUGGGUCAGACAUUUCAUCAAACAGUGGUGCCAGGGAGCCAUCUGUACGGAUGUAAGCUUCAUCUUGCCCUUCACCUUUUGUGAGCUGAACUCAAUGGAGAAACUCUCUGCAGAGCGGCUGGUGAAAAUGGCUUUUCCUCAUUUAACAGACACCAAUCUGGUCCUGAGCAGCUCCUGUCGCACACUGCUCAUACUGGACGGUUUGGAUGAAUUCCGCUGCACUUUAAAUUUCUCCGAUGCAGCUUCUUGUAAUGACCCAAAGAAAGAGGUGUCUAUUGAUGAUCUUGUUACAAACAUCAUCCGAGGGAAUCUGCUACCUGACGUAGCAGUGUGGGUGACCUCCAGGCCAGCGGUGGCCUCCCUCAUCCCUGGAGGACUGGUUGACAGGGUGACUGAGAUCCCAGGAUUCAGCCCCAAGGACAUCCAGCUCUUCUUAAACCACCACUUCCCUGAGAAAGAUUAUGCCAGUAGAAUAUGGAUGCACUUGGAGUCCCAUCAGAUCUUAAUGGUGAUUUGCUACAUUCCAGGCAUCUGCUGGAUAGUUGCUGAUACUCUGAUGUACAUUAUGCAAAGUGGAACACAAGAGAGCCUUCCAAAAACUUGUACUGAGCUGUAUGCUCACUUUUCCUCUAUGAAGGCAGAAGCGGGUGAACCAAGAGGAAGGGAGCCGGUAAAAAUGGAGCAGCUCAGUGGGAACAAUCGUAAACUGAUGGGUAACCUGGGACGACUUGCAUUUUAUGGGCUCCUCAAACACAAGUACACCUUCAGUGAGCAAGACCUCAGGGCUUAUGGGAUCGAUCUACUGUUAACUCAGUGUAGUCUUGGCGCUGGAGUUCUUGUCCGGGAGGAGUCGGUCAUAUGCACAACAUACAGGUUCAUCCAUUUGACACUGCAAGAGUUUUUUGCAGCUACUUUCUACCAUACCUCCUCCAAGCGUGCGAUCUUUGAUUUAUUCUCAGAGAGCACCAUGUCUUGGCCAAAGAUCGGUUUUCAGAACCACUUCAGAAAUGCUUUCCAGCACUCCCAACAAGCUGAAGACGGUCACCUGGAUGUGUUUGUGCGCUUCCUGACAGGUCUGCUCUCCUCAAUGGCACAGAAACCUCUCGCCGGACUUCUGGCCCUCGGGAAAGAUGAUGGGAGUCAGAAGGUUUGGGCGGCAGGGUUCUUACAAGGUCUCUUGGUCGGCGGAGGUGCUGUGGUGUCCCUGCGUGCGGUCAACCUAGCUUAUUGCUUACAGGAGCUGCAACAUACAGAGCUGUUACGGAGUGUAGAGGAGGAUUUACAACUUGGAAGCCUGGCAGGGAAGUUAACAAGGGCCCACUGUGUUGUUCUGGGCUACCUGCUGCAUGUGUCGCCAGAGUGCAGUGUGCAAACAAACCUAACAGGCUCUCUGACCUACUCAACAGUGAAGUGUUUGCUCCCACAACUACUGUACUGCAGCCAUCUCAGGUUAGAGAACAACGACUUCAAAGAUGAUGUCAUGGAAUUGCUGGGAAGCCUCCUAAGCGCCAAAGACUGUCAUAUCCAGAAGAUAAGCUUGGCAGAGAAUUCCAUCAGCAGUAAAGGAGCCAAAGCCCUGAGUCGUGCCCUCUUGGUCAACCGGACGCUAACUUCCCUCAAUCUCAGGAACAACAAAAUCGGCUCCAAAGGUGCAAAGUCCUUGGCUGAGUCUCUGAAAAUGAACCAAAUUCUGGUAUCAGUAAACUUCCAGAACAAUGCCAUUGAAGAGGAAGGCGCUCGGGCCCUUGCAGAAGUACUACAGUCCAACCGUAAACUGGUGUCUCUAAAUUUACAGAAGAACAGGAUUGGAGCAGGAGGAGCCAAAAGGAUUGCAGACGCACUGAAGACAAACCUGACACUCACAAAGCUGAUUCUUUGUAGUAACCAGCUUGGGGACAAAGGAACAGCCGCCCUGGCUGAAGCUUUAACAGUCAACCACACUCUGCUCUCACUACAGCUACAGAGUAAUUCGAUCAGCAACAAGGGGAUGACAGCCUUAACCAAGGCACUGAGGUCAAACCGAGGUCUUCUCUCUUUGAAUUUGAGGGAGAACUCAAUUGGAGUGGAAGGCGCAAAGAACAUGGCCCAUGCCCUCCGAGAGAACCACUCUCUGCAGGACCUCGAUCUCACAGCCAACUUGUUGCAUGAUGAAGGAGUUCAGGCUAUAGCCGGUGCAAUCAAGCUCAAUCGAGGCCUCACAUCUUUGCACCUCCAGUGGAAUUUCAUCAAGUCCUCUGCCACCAAAGCCCUGGCUCAUGCUCUCCUCUCCAAUACCGUGAUGCAGCUCUUAGAUCUACAGGAAAAUGCAAUUGGGAAUGAAGGAGUCAUGUAUCUUGCUGAAGCCCUGAAGACCAAUGGGUGUCUGCGUACUUUAUGUCUUCAGGGGGUCUCAGCGGGCACAAGUGGCGCCGUCGCACUGGCAGAUGCUCUUACCAUGAACCAAACCCUGCAAACACUUGAUCUACGUGGGAACACUGUGGGGAUGGAGGGAGCCAAGGCACUGGCCAACUCAUUGAAAAGCAACAGAAGCCUCAAGUCACUGAACCUGCAGGAGAACUCUCUGGGUAUGGAUGGAGCCAUCUUUAUUGCAACAGCCUUGAAGGGAAACCAUCAAUUAACUUACAUCAAUUUGCAGGGAAAUGGCGUUGGAGAAUCUGGAGCAAAGGUCAUAUCUGAUGCUAUAAGAGCCAACGCUCCAGGCUGUGUGGUGGACAUUUGAUAAAGGAAAAACCAUGCUCUGCUGAGAAAUGUUGUAUAUAAUGGAGCGCAAAAAGAAGUGCAUUGAAAGUAAACAGCUGUAUGUUAUAACUUGAAUAUUCCUGAAAAACCUUAUUUAACUUUCACUGUAUUUUUGAUUGAUAGGUGCAUAUUUAUUUUGACAUAUUUGCUGUGUUUCAACAGGCAAAAGGAAACAAAAUAGGCUUGAAUAGAAGCACGUAGUGGCGCCAUUUUUGCCAUUUCAUGGUACACUUAUCUGUAAUAACAGAGUGGAGCUGCUUCUCUCAUAAGCUGUCUUUCUUAAUAUGUCACACUGUACACUGUAAAUUUUCAGAAAUUAAAUUAAAUUGCCAUGAAGAGAUAAAUCCUAUUAAACGGACACUCUGAAUCUAACAUCAAUUUCAUUUCAUACUCAUCCACACUUCUGCGUCACAAUCUACCUGCUGCAGUACUUAUGUCUCUAUUUGCUCUAUUAGCUGACUUAAUCAACAACUCGGCACACAAACAUUAAGACAGAUUACACAUUUUUAUCAUCCCAAUACGUGUUACAACAUGUUGUAAUGGAGGUAGAAAUUUGUAGCUAAUCAAUUUUCAUUUCUUGUACUAUAAAUUCAAUAUGUAAGGUAUAAUGUGUAGUGAAUGGGUCUCUAUGCAAGACCCUGACAUGAGGCUGUGGCUUUCUCUCUUAAAAAACUCGUAAAGACACAUUUAUUUAAACAGGCCUUCGACUCACCUUGUACAGACUAAUGUUUUAAUUAUGCUAUCGUCUGUUUCGUUUAAUGUUUUAUGAUUUCAUUUUAAAUUGAAUAUUUUUUCUGUGAAGCACUUUGUGAUUUUAUUCUAUGAAAGGUGCUAUACUAAAUAAAAUGUAUUUACUUACUCUCAGAGUUUUGCAGUUGACACAUGUUUCAACAUAUAUGAGGCAAAUGUCAUUACUUUUAACAUUGUUUCUAUCAUCACUAUUGCUAAAGGUUUAAGUUACUGUAAAGUGAUUACUGACUCAGAGAUGCACUCACCAGCUCUUCUGCUGUUGCACAUAGCUAUUUAUUUAAUACAUCAAUAAGUUUACUGAAAAUAUUGAUCUGGAGAUGAUUUUGGUGAUUAAAACAUGUCAAUGUUUCUACUGUUGAAAA